CAGUAUUAUUAUCUAUCCCGAGCUCGCAGUUUCCUCGACAAUCUCCACCGCCUCGCUUGCCGACAUUCUGGGGUCAAUACCCCAAAACCUAGGGAUUUGGAGUUUAUGUAUUUUCAUCUUCCCUUCUGCUGCUGCCGUGCCUGAUAUUUUGUCUUCGAUGAUAAAACCCUCUGUGUUUUCAUGUGUAAUGUGUCUGUAGAACAAUUCACUCUCUCUCUCUCUCUCUUCAUCUCUGCUACUUGUCACUGUUUUGGAGCUACGGACAGAGGUUUUCAUCGCCAGAUGGUGGAAGGCCCAUUACACGAGCUGAACCCUAUUGCUAUUCCAUCUUGUUAUAUAUCAAUUUGUCUAGUGAAGCAGCUUCAAUUCAUACGUCUUGAUUCUCACCCCUUCCUUCUGCACUGAUAUCUCUGAGAAAUGGGUAUCGGUGUGACUUUGUUCACUUCUGAAAUCUCCAACCAGGCACCGUUCCUUUCGUCCGUCCUCGCCGGUCUUCAUGGUCUGCCGGUGCUUGAGCUUGCCUCCAUUUGCAUUCACUUGACGCUGUUCCUUGUGUUCGUCUCGGUUGUGUCCGCCAAACAGAUUUGCCUGUGCUAUGGCCGGAUUAGGACCUGCAAGGAGAGUUCAAACAUCGGUGCAGAAUCAGUUCCAGUUGGGAGAAGGGAUGAUGUUCAAAUCCAGAGGGUUGAAACCGACAGAAGCUACAAGCUUUCUCUUAUCUGUUGCUUCUAUGUGUUGUUCCUGUGCAUUGUUGUGCUGGGAUAUGAUGUGGUUGGUCUGAUAAGGAAGGCCGCACAAGGGGAGGAGAAUGUUGUGAAUUGGACCGUCAUACUUUUGCCUGCAGCUCAGAGUUUGGCUUGGUUUGUGUUGAGCUUCUCGGCAAUCUACUGCAAAUUCAGGGGAGCAGAAAAGUUCAAUUUGCUUAUGAGGGUUUGGUGGAGCCUGUCUUUUCUCAUAUGUUUGGGUACUUUGUAUGUCGAUGCUAGAGGGGUUGUAGCAGAAGGGUCAGCACACAUGAGUUCUCAUGUGUUGGCGAAUUUUGCUUCUACCCCUGCCCUUGCGUUCCUAUGUUUUGUUGCUAUUAGGGGGGAUAGCGGAGUACAAGUACACACGAACCCUGAUGCUGAACAGCCAUUACUGUUAGGGCAAGAAGAGGAGCCAGAGUGUCUCAAAGUCACUCCUUACAGCAAUGCUGGUUUCUUCAGUUUGACCACUCUUUCAUGGCUAAACCCUCUUCUUUCCACUGGUGCAAAGAGACCACUUGAUCUGAAAGACAUUCCACUCCUUGCACAAAAAGACCGUUCCAAGACGAACUAUAAACUCCUGACUUUUAACUGGGAGAAGUUGAAGGCUGAAAACCCUUCUGGGCAACCUUCUUUAGCUUGGGCUAUAUUGAAAUCUUUCUGGAGGGAGGCUGCAUGCAAUGCAAUCUUUGCUGGGGUGAACACACUGGUUUCGUAUGUCGGGCCGUACAUGAUUAGUUACUUUGUAGAUUACUUAGCAGGGGUUGAAGCAUUCCCCCAUGAAGGGUACAUUCUCACUGGAAUUUUCUUUGUAGCAAAGUUGGUAGAAACAUUCACAAGCCGGCAAUGGUAUCUUGGGGUUGACAUUCUGGGAAUGCAUGUUAGGUCUGCUCUCACUGCAAUGGUAUACCGCAAGGGACUCAAGCUAUCAAGCUCUGCCAGGCAAAGCCACACGACUGGGGAGAUAGUGAAUUACAUGGCUGUUGAUGUUCAGAGGAGGGUGGGUGACUACUCUUGGUACCUUCAUGACAUAUGGAUGCUUCCUCUUCAAAUCAUCCUCGCUCUUGCAAUUCUAUACAAGAAUGUCGGAAUUGCAUCUGUUGCGACCUUAAUUGCUACCGUCAUAUCCAUUGUUGCAACAAUCCCAUUAGCACGGAUUCAAGAAGACUACCAAGACAAUUUGAUGGCUGCUAAGGAUGAUAGAAUGAGAAAGACUUCUGAAUGUCUUAGGAACAUGCGGAUUCUAAAACUGCAAGCUUGGGAAGAUAGGUACCGUCUUAUGUUGGAAGAAAUGCGCAGUGUGGAAUACAAAUAUCUGCGCUUGGCUCUUUAUACCCAAUCACUAGUUACUUUCAUUUUUUGGAGUUCCCCUAUAUUUGUUUCAGCUGUUACUUUUGGCACCUGCAUAUUGUUGGGGGGUCAGCUUACAGCAGGAAGUGUCCUUUCUGCUCUUGCCACUUUUAGGAUCCUUCAGGAACCACUUAGAAAUUUCCCUGACCUGGUUUCAAUGAUGGCUCAGACAAAAGUAUCUAUUGACCGAAUAUCUGGAUUUCUAAUGGAGGAGGAGUUGCAGGAAGAUGCAACUAUUGCAUUGCCCCGUGGAAGCAGUAACGUGGCAAUAGAAAUUAAGAACUCUGACUUUUGCUGGGAUGCAUCUUCUACAAGGCCAACGUUGUCUGGCAUACAUUUGAGAGUUGACCGAGGAAUGCGUGUAGCUGUCUGUGGUGUGGUGGGUUCUGGCAAGUCAAGCUUCCUUUCUUGCAUCCUUGGUGAAAUCCCUAAACUCACUGGUGAAGUCCGGAUUUGUGGAGCUGCAGCUUAUGUCUCCCAGUCAGCUUGGAUACAAUCUGGAACCAUAGAAGAUAACAUUCUCUUUGGCAGUCCAAUGGAUAAAUCUAAGUACAAAAGUGUGAUCCAUGCAUGUUCGCUGAAAAAGGACUUGGAGCUUUUUUCGCAUGGUGACCAGACUAUUAUUGGCGAUAGAGGCAUAAAUCUUAGUGGUGGCCAGAAGCAAAGAGUGCAGCUAGCGAGGGCACUCUAUCAGGAUGCAGAUAUAUAUUUGCUUGAUGAUCCAUUCAGCGCUGUUGAUGCACAUACUGGAUCUGAAUUGUUCAAGGAGUACAUAAUAACAGCCCUUGCUACAAAAACUGUGGUGUUCGUAACUCAUCAGGUUGAGUUUUUGCCUGCUGCUGAUAUGAUAUUGGUUCUUAGGGAAGGCCGUAUCACUCAAUGUGGAAAAUAUGAUGAACUUCUUGAAGCGGGAACUGACUUCAGGAGUCUGGUUUCAGCGCAUCAUGAAGCAAUUGAAGCUAUGGACAUCUCUUACCUUGAGUGCGAAGAACAAGACGAACAUCAUCCUCUUGAUGGAUCAAUUCUAAUGAGUAAAAAAUGUGAGUCAAUAGGAGCUAAUAUUGACACUAUGGCAAACGAAGUGCAAGAAAGCACAACUGCUGCUGAAAAAAGAGCAAUCAAAGAGAAAAAGAAAGCUAAACGUGCUAAGAAAAAGCAGCUUGUUCAGGAAGAGGAACGUGAGAGAGGAAGGGUUAGCAUGAAAGUUUACCUAUCAUAUAUGGGAGCUGCAUAUAAAGGCUUAUUAAUUCCUCUUAUCAUUAUUGCACAAACAUUAUUUCAAGUUCUUCAAAUAGCUAGUAACUGGUGGAUGGCUUGGGCAAAUCCUCAAACCCCUGGAAAUGAAGCAAAAACAAGUAGUUUGGUUCUUCUUCUCGUUUAUAUGGCCCUUGCCUUUGGGAGCUCGUUUUUUAUUUUUAUUAGGGCUGUUCUGGUUGCUACUUUUGGUCUAGCUGCAGCACAAAAGCUGUUUUUGAACAUGCUGAGAACAGUUUUCAGGGCACCAAUGUCUUUUUUUGACUCCACUCCAGCAGGGCGUAUUCUAAAUCGUGUCUCUAUUGAUCAAAGUGUCAUUGAUCUUGAUAUUCCAUUCAGACUUGGAGGCUUUGCUUCAACAACAAUCCAGCUGCUCGGCAUUGUUGGUGUCAUGACAGAAGUAACCUGGCAGAUUUUGCUUCUUGUUAUCCCAAUGGCAAUUGCUUGCCUCUGGAUGCAGAAAUACUAUAUGGCUUCCUCGAGGGAAUUGGUUCGGAUUGUCAGCAUUCAAAAAUCUCCAAUCAUACAUCUCUUUGGUGAGUCAAUUGCUGGAGCCGCUACAAUCAGAGGUUUCGGGCAAGAGAAAAGAUUUAUGAAAAGGAAUCUCUAUCUUCUUGAUUGUUUCACACGCCCAUUCUUCUGCAGUAUAGCUGCUAUAGAAUGGCUCUGCCUACGCAUGGAGUUGCUUUCAACAUGUGUCUUCUCAUUUUGCAUGGUUUUGCUUGUGAGUUUUCCCGUUGGAAGUAUAGAUCCGAGUAUGGCAGGACUUGCCGUAACAUAUGGGCUGAACUUGAAUGCACGCCUAUCACGGUGGAUACUUAGCUUUUGCAAGCUUGAAAACAAAAUUAUUUCUUUAGAAAGGAUUCAUCAAUACUGUGAAAUACCCAGUGAGGCUCCAAUGGUUAUUGACAGUUCUCGGCCUCCAUUGUCAUGGCCAGAAGAAGGAAACAUUGAACUCUUUGAAUUAAAGGUCCGUUACAAGGAGAAUCUUCCUACAGUACUCCAUGGCAUAUCUUGCAUAUUUCCUGGCGGGAAGAAAAUUGGAAUUGUUGGCCGAACUGGAAGUGGGAAGUCUACUCUGAUUCAGGCCCUAUUCCGAAUGGUCGAACCUGACGGGGGAAGAAUAGUUAUUGACAAUAUUGACAUUUCAACUAUCGGAUUGCAUGAUCUUCGCAGUCGCUUGAGUAUAAUACCCCAAGAUCCUGCAUUAUUUGAAGGCACUAUUAGAAGCAACCUUGACCCCCUUGAAGAAAAUACGGAUGAACAAAUAUGGCAGGCACUUGACAAGUCACAACUUGGAGAGAUAAUUCGACAAAAAGAGCAAAAACUGGACACCCCAGUGUUAGAAAACGGUGACAAUUGGAGCGUAGGGCAGAGGCAGCUUGUAUCUCUAGGCCGGGCACUACUGAAACAGGCCAGGAUCUUGGUGCUGGACGAAGCAACAGCCUCAGUGGAUUCAGCCACAGAUAACCUAAUCCAAAAGAUUAUCAGAACAGAAUUCAAGGAUUGCACCGUCUGCACCAUCGCACAUCGCAUCCCUACUGUAAUUGAUAGCGACCUUGUUUUGGUCCUCAGCGAUGGUCGAAUAGCUGAGUUUGACACCCCGGCUCGACUACUAGAGGACAAAUCCUCUAUGUUUCUAAAGCUGGUCUCGGAGUACUCGUCAAGAUCUAGCGGCAUGCCUGAUUUCUGAUUCUUGACUUCUUCUGGAGUCAGAGGUACAAGCAUUUCAUGGAAAUAGCCGCGGGUCCCGGUUCACGCUGCAACGUACAAACCAGACAGCUGCUGCUGCAAGGGGGAAGGGUUGGGGAAGAACAAGUUGAAGGGUUAAAGAAAAUGAUUGUGCCAUUUGUAAUUUGCCUUUCCUCUGGGGUGGGGUGGGGUAAAAUUCUCUCCUUUUUUUUCACACGUUUGUAGAAACUGAGAAUAGAACAGUAAAUUUUGUAGUGGAAG